CUGCGCAGUGAAUAUUAUUUCAAAAAUAUGUUCAACGAGUUAACUCCGUAGCUGUUGCAAGACUACUAAGCGCCUUUCCCAACGGAAAACGAAUACUUAGAAGAUACACGAUUCCCAUGGCAAGCCAGGAUCAUUCUACAAACAAUGUGUCGUCAGAGCAAACGUUGUAACGCAAAAAUGACGGCUAUAACAACUUUUGUCAUUUUGUUUACUUUUACUUUUACAUAUGCGAGCGUCUAUCCUUCGAGGCACUCAAAGAAUACGGCUAUGAUGGACAAUCCCCGCAACUUCGUCUCGAUGAGCUUUGAGGCACUGGCCAGUAUCGCCCAAAGUUUCUCAGAAUGGAUAGCCUUGCUCGCGUCAUAUUGCUUGACUGUUUCAUGUUGCCUGCUUGAAUCAUUUUCAGUAGUUCUUGUCACAGUCUGGGAGAAUACGGUUGUUAUUUUGAGCGAUCUCCGCAUGUUCAUCUUGAUGAUCUUUGAGACAUUGGCCAGUAUUAGAUACUGGGAGAAUAUUUGUGCCAUGAUACAGAAUAUCUACUGGUUUAUCGCGAAGAUCUUUGAGGCACUGGAGAACGUUGCCCACGUUUGCUUGAAAUGUAUUGCUUUGCUCGCUUCAUAUUGCCACACUGUUUCAUCUUACUUACUUGAGUGGCUCUUAUUCGUUCUUAUCAGAGUCUGGGACAAUAUGGUUGUUAUUUUAGACAAUCUCCGUAAGUUCACCUCGAUGAUCGUUGAGACAUUGACUGGCAUUGGAUACUGGGAGAAUACUUGUGCUAUACUGGAGAGUCUCCGAUGGUUAAUCUCUACGAUCUUUGAGGCAUCGAUCAGGUUUGCCCACGGUUGCUUGGAAUGGAUACGUUUUCUCGCUUCACAUUGCCAUACUGCUUCAUGUUACCUGCUUGAGUUGUUCUCAGUCGUUCUUGUCAGAGUCUGGGACAAUAUGGUUGUUAUUUUGGACAAUCUCCGCAAGUUCACCUUGAUGAUCGUUCAGACAUUGACUAGCAUUAAAUACUGGGAGAACACUUGUAAUGUUUUGGAGAAUCUCCGAUGGUUAAUCUCUAAGAUCUUUGAGGCAUCGAGCAGUUUUGCUCAGGUUUGCUUCGAAUGGUUUACUUUGAUCGCUUCAUAUUGCCACACUGCUUCAUGUUACCUGCUUGAUUUGUCCUUAGUCAUUCUUAUCAGAGUCUGGAACAAUAUGGUUAUUAUUUUGGAACAGUGUGGUUAUUAUUUUGGACAAUCUCCGCAUGUUCACCUCGAUGAUCAUUGAGACACUGACUAGCAUUAAAAAAUACUGGGAAAACACUUCUAGUAUUUUGGAGAGUCUCCAAUGGUUAAUUUCUACGAUCUUUGAGGCAUCGAGCAAGUUUGCCCGCGGUUGCUUAGAAUGGAUCUACGUUCUCGCUCCCUAUUUCCACACUGUUUCAUGUUACCUAUCUAAAUGGUUCUCCAAAGGUGCCAUCAACUUAAUGAUCCACUGGAAAAACUCUGCGCUCUUGUUUACGGUCCUGUGUGGGACAGCGAUGAUUUGGCGGUGUUACUUCAGGGCUGUAGCUCAAGGUACGUGACUGAUUUCUAACGAACAAUUGACACAUCUGACCGAUCUGCUGACUCACUGACCGACUAUUUGCGAGGUAAUUUUGCUUUUAUCAACUUAGUUCGGUGAUAAUAUUAAUUGGCCAUCAUAAAGAGUUUUAGAGCUGACGCUUCAAUGAAUUGUUAGCUCUUCUAUUUCUCUCUCUCUUUUUUUAAGAUUGAAAGGAAUCAAGGUAAUAAUGAAAAUUUAAUCAGAGCGCACAAUUCAUUUAAUAGCUUCACUUUGCAUAACGUUGUCCGAUUUAAGAAUGUUUUGUCAGUACGUUAGACCUCGUGUUUUCUUCUGAAGGCAAACCUUGAAAAAUUACAACUUAGUCCCUAUUUGUAUGGUCUUGGGUAUCCGACACAACUCUUCAGCCCUCGAGAGAACUUUACGGAACGUUUAUAUGGAGUUGCGAGUUGUAAAAGCUGCUCUCUCAUCAGUCUCCCUCGUGGAAGCUUGACAGGAAAGAAAAUUGUGGUUUUAUGAAUUAUCUAUUUAAAAAUACUGUAAAAAUCAAAGAAUAACUCACUUUUAGACGCUGAGAAAAGGCAACUUACUUUUAGCUUGUAGCAUUUUUUAUUAUAAAUGCCAAAUAAUGCGGCUGUGGGAUUCCCAAUAGUGAGGAACCUCCAUCGUAUCUUCCUAAUAAAGAUACCACUAAAAUCAUAGUACUUUUGUAAUCAUGCAAUACUUUGUAGCAAGUAGUAAUGAAAUAAGGGAAUGAAAAAAGUUUCAUUGAUUGCUCUUUAGUUGUUGAGAGGAUUGAUUUUCAAGUGUCUGAAUUAUGGUUGAACAUGAUUAUCUAUUUUCCUAGAAAGAAAAGUACUUAAGUGUAGAAAGUAGAAUAAAUAUAUCUUAUUAGACGUUUUGUUGUGUGGUAUCGCUGAGUACU